AUGGAUCAGAGCUUUCCACUAGAGACACACGGCCACUCGUGGCUACAGGAGGAAGAGGAGGAGGAAGAGGAGGUGAUGCUGUUUCCGUCGUAUCCCAAACGUUUCCGGGCGUCGGACUCAGCAGAAACAGCGGGGUCUGAGGAUGGGUCCAGCGACCAGUGCAGUUCCGGGUCCGCGCCGGACAUCGAGUCCUUGCUGGACAAAGACGACUCGGUGACGACGAAUGCGGACUUCUGGCGCGAGGUGCCGGUUUCCAGCGAAUUCGCGGGCGACGAGCCGGCGGCCGUCGUUGAUCCCGGCUCGGCGUGCGAUGCGGAGCUGGCGACGGUGUCGCCGCUCGCAUCGCCCCAGGAGCCCCGGCUGGAAGACUUCAUUCAGGACGUGGAGCCCUCGCUCAGCGCUGGGCCCUCUUCUUACCAUCUACAAUCGGAUUACGCCUGCCAGUCGGACUUCCAAAUCAAGAGACUGUGCUUCCGGGACGCGGACGGCAAGCUGGCCCUCACGGACGCUUCUCGCUCCUCCUCUCUGCACCACAUCUCCAAACCUUUGCACAAGCGGCUUUCUAAUUGCAAGACAAGCAAGAAGCUCUUGAAAAGAGCCUUGCGGCGCAAGAGUGGCUUCUGGGAGAUGGCCAGCCCCGCUUUCGCAGUCGCUGAAUUCAUGUUGUUGUGA